CUCCCAGUUCAAGUCAAAGUACAACAUGUCCAACAACAACAUCCCAACAUUGGUUCUCUCCGACAACCACCAUAUGCCGGCGAUUGGCAUGGGCACCUUCUUGUUUCAAAGUCCCGGCGAGAUCACCAAGACGGCGGUCAUAGAGGCUAUCAAAGUAGGUUAUAGACACUUUGACACUGCUUCACUUUAUGGGACAGAACAGCCACUAGGGGAAGCCAUAGAAGAAGCUCUCAAACUUGGCCUUAUUGGGUCAAGAGAUGAACUCUUCAUCACUUCCAAGCUGUGGUUCACUGAUGCCCAACCUGAUCGUGUUGUUUCUGCUCUUCAAAAAUCUCUUGGGUUACUGAAACUGGAAUAUCUGGAUCUGUACUUGAUCCACAUGCCCAUCAGUUCAAAGCCUGAAAGUAACAGUUAUUUCCCAACUGAAGAUAACAUAGCAGAAUUAGAUAUAAAGGGCGUGUGGGAAGCAAUGGAAGAGUGUAAAAGACUUGGUCUCACAAAAUCAAUUGGAGUCAGUAACUUCCCUGUGAGGACACUUCAGAGUUUAUUGUCAGUGGCGUCAAUUCCUCCUUGCCUCAAUCAAGUGGAAAUGAAUCCUACAUGUCAACAAAAGGAGCUAAGAGAAUACUGCAAAGAAAAGGAUAUACUUAUAGCUGCAUUUUCUCCUCUUGGGGCUGUAGGUACAAGACGGGGUGACAAUCGCAUUCUGGGCAAUGAAAUACUCGUUGAAAUCGCUAAAUCUCAUGGCAAAACAGUUGCUCAGGUUGCUCUGAGAUGGCUGCAUGAGCAAGGAGUGGGUUUUAUUGCAAAGAGUUACAACAAAGAGAGAAUGAAACAGAACUUAGAGAUAUUUGAUUGGUCACUUACACAAAAUGAUUUGGAGAAGAUCAGUCAAAUCAAACAAAUAAGAUUACAUCAGGACCACCCUUUGUUCGAAUACAUUGCUUGAUGCUUAAUUACUUCGUUCAUCAACUCCAAAUCACAUCAUAAGAAUAGCAAUUUUUUUUACCAUCUUUUUUUUUUUUUAAAGUGUCUUUCUCUUCCCACAUAGUGGUUCUUUGCCUUGUCCAUUGAUGAACCAUGGUUAUACGUCGUUUAUAUAGUGUUUGUGCUUAUCUAUGUGAAGCUUGAAAUAAAGAUGUGACUUUAUUUUUCCCACCAAAAAAAAAAAGUCAUCAUAUUGAUAA